GGCGUGUGGGACCUUUUCCUCUGCUGCCGCCAAGGUGCUCGGUCCUUCCGAGGAAGCUAAGGCCGCGUUGGGGUGAGGCCCUCACUUCAUCCGGCGACUAGCACCGUGCCGGCAGUCCGCAACAUGGCCUCCGUCUCUGAGCUCGCCUGCAUCUACUCCGCCCUCAUCCUCCACGACGAUGAGGUGACGGUCACGGAGGAUAAGAUCAAUGCCCUCAUUAAAGCAGCUGGUGUCAAUGUUGAGCCUUUCUGGCCUGGCUUGUUUGCAAAGGCCCUGGCCAAUGUCAACAUUGGGAGCCUCAUCUGCAAUGUAGGGGCUGGUGGGCCUGCUCCAGCAGCAGCCGGAGCCGCACCAGCAGGCGGUCCUGCCCCCUCCACCGCUGCUGCCCCAGCUGAGGAGAAGAAAGUGGAAGCAAAGAAGGAAGAAUCCGAGGAGUCUGAUGACGACAUGGGCUUUGGUCUUUUUGACUAGGCGUUUUGAUACCAUGGCUAAUAAAAGGAUGAAUCUGUA